CUCCAUCCUAGAUUCUGCCAAGCAGACACAUCCCAGCCCAUCAUCAUGCAUCUCCUCUCACUCUUAACAGCGUGCGCCCUCGCAAGCAGCGCUCUUGCUCGAAGCCCUCAACAUGUCCGCAAAGCCGGCAAACCUGAACCCCUACGUGCCAAUUCCGGGCUCGAAAAGCGCCAGACCCCACCAGGCUACGGCGGCCCAAGCACAAACACCACCAUCAUUCCCCAAAAUGCCAACACGACCAAAUUUGCGGUGAACGGUUCGGCCAUUCCAGACGUCGACUUCGACAUAGGUGAGAGUUACGCGGGUCUGCUACCCAUCUCGAGCGCGCCGAAUGCGAGCGAGCUUUACUUCUGGUUCUUCCCAUCCGAGAACGCGCUGGCAGGCGAUGAGAUCCUCAUCUGGCUGAAUGGCGGACCAGGGUGCUCGAGCUUGGAGGGUCUGCUGCAGGAAAAUGGGCCAUUCCUUUGGCAGUAUGGGACGUUUGCGCCGGUUAAGAACCCUUACACUUGGGUCAACCUCACGAACGUCGUCUGGGUCGAGCAACCGGCGGGUACAGGUUUCAGCCAACAGCUUGGCACGCCACCGGCCACGAACGAGAUAGAGGUUGCAGCGCAGUUCCUAGGCUUCUUCAGGAACUUUGUUGAUACCUUCGGCUUGCACGGCCGUAAGGUCUACAUCACCGGCGAGUCUUACGCGGGUUACUACGUCCCUUACAUUGCAGACGCCAUGCACAACGCUUCUGAUCCUUGCUAUUACGACAUCGACAGUAUCUUGUUCUAUGACCCCUCUACCAGCUAUACCGUCGUGCAAGACGACAUCCCCGCCGUGCCUUUCGUGGAUUACUGGUCCGGUCUGUUCAGCUUCAACCAAACGUUCAUGGACGACAUACACGCCCGUGAUGUGGCGUGCGGGUACUCUGCCUUCAGGGAGCUGGCGCUGCAAUUCCCUCCGAAUAAGACUCUUCCCACGCCACCAAACGUUCACUACAACAAGCCCGGGUGUAGCAUCUGGGACGACAUCUUCGAGGCCGCACUACUGGUGAACCCAUGCUGGGACGUCUACCAAGUUGCUACCACGUGCCCGCUCUUGUGGGACGUUCUAGGCUUCCCAGGCAGCUUCGACUAUUUACCCGCCGGCACCGAAAUCUACUUCAACCGCUCCGACGUCCAAGCAGCUAUCAACGCACCCAUUGGUUACGACUGGGCAGAAUGCUCAGGUGGUGUCUUGGACAUCGAUACUUCGCCUCCGUCCGGCCUUAGUGUACUUCCACGCGUGAUUGAGAAGAACAACCGCACCAUCAUCGGGCACGGGAUGCUCGACUUCAUUCUAUUAAUGAACGGUACGAUCAUGAUGAUCAAUAACAUGACCUGGAACGGGGCGCAAGGUUUCUCUGUCCCGCCGACGCAGUGGCAGGACUUCUUCGUGCCGUAUCAUGAGGAGCUCAGUUUGGGGACUUUGGCAGGCAGUGGUGUGUUCGGCAGUUGGCAUACGGAAAGAGGGUUGACAUUCUGCACGGUCGAUCUGUCCGGGCAUAUGGUGCCGCAAUAUGCGCCGAGCGCAAGUUAUCGGCAGGUGGAGUUUCUGUUGGGCAGGAUUGGAAAUCUGAGUGAGCGGUCCGACUUCACGGUACGAUCUUGA